AUGCUAACCAAAGCCAUGCUAACCAAAGCCAUGCUAACCAAAGCCAUGCUAACCAAAGCCAUGCUAACCAAAGCCAUGCUAACCAAAGCCAUGCUAACCAAAGCCAUGCUAACCAAAGCCAUGCUAACCAAAGCCAUGCUAACCAAAGCCAUGCUAACCAAAGCCAUGCUAACCAAAGCCAUGCUAACCAAAGCCAUGCUAACCAAAGCCAUGCUAACCAAAGCCAUGCUAACCAAAGCCAUGCUAACCAAAGCCAUGCUAACCAAAGCCAUGCUAACCAAAGCCAUGCUAACCAAAGCCAUGCUAACCAAAGCCAUGCUAACCAAAGCCAUGCUAACCAAAGCCAUGCUAACCAAAGCCAUGCUAACCAAAGCCAUGCUAACCAAAGCCAUGCUAACCAAAGCCAUGCUAACCAAAGCCAUGCUAACCAAAUCCAUGCUAACUAAAGCCAUGCUAACCAAAUCCAUGCUAACCAAAGCCAUGCUAACCAAAUCCAUGCUAACCAAAGCCAUGCUAACCAAAUCCAUGCUAACCAAAGCCAUGCUAACCAAAGCCAUGCUAACCAAAGCCAUGCUAACCAAAGCCAUGCUAACCAAAGCCAUGCUAACCAAAGCCAUGCUAACCAAAGCCAUGCUAACCAAAGCCAUGCUAACCAAAGCCAUGCUAACCAAAGCCAUGCUAACCAAAUCCAUGCUAACCAAAGCCAUGCUAACCAAAGCCAUGCUAACCAAAGCCAUGCUAACCAAAGCCAUGCUAACCAAAGCCAUGCUAACCAAAUCCAUGCUAACCAAAGCCAUGCUAACCAAAUCCAUGCUAACCAAAGCCAUGCUAACCAAAGCCAUGCUAACCAAAGCCAUGCUAACCAAAGCCAUGCUAACCAAAGCCAUGCUAACCAAAGCCAUGCUAACCAAAGCCAUGCUAACCAAAGCCAUGCUAACCAAAGCCAUGCUAACCAAAGCCAUGCUAACCAAAGCCAUGCUAACCAAAGCCAUGCUAACCAAAGCCAUGCUAACCAAAGCCAUGCUAACCAAAGCCAUGCUAACCAAAGCCAUGCUAACCAAAGCCAUGCUAACCAAAGCCAUGCUAACCAAAGCCAUGCUAACCAAAGCCAUGCUAACCAAAGCCAUGCUAACCAAAGCCAUGCUAACCAAAGCCAUGCUAACCAAAGCCAUGCUAACCAAAGCCAUGCUAACCAAAGCCAUGCUAACCAAAGCCAUGCUAACCAAAGCCAUGCUAACCAAAGCCAUGCUAACCAAAGCCAUGCUAACCAAAGCCAUGCUAACCAAAGCCAUGCUAACCAAAGCCAUGCUAACCAAAGCCAUGCUAACCAAAGCCAUGCUAACCAAAGCCAUGCUAACCAAAGCCAUGCUAACCAAAGCCAUGCUAACCAAAGCCAUGCUAACCAAAGCCAUGCUAACCAAAUCCAUGCUAACCAAAGCCAUGCUAACCAAAGCCAUGCUAACCAAAUCCAUGCUAACCAAAUCCAUGCUAACCAAAUCCAUGCUAACCAAAGCCAUGCUAACCAAAGCCAUGCUAACCAAAGCCAUGCUAACCAAAGCCAUGCUAACCAAAUCCAUGCUAACCAAAGCCAUGCUAACCAAAUCCAUGCUAACCAAAGCCAUGCUAACCAAAUCCAUGCUAACCAAAGCCAUGCUAACCAAAUCCAUGCUAACCAAAGCCAUGCUAACCAAAGCCAUGCUAACCAAAGCCAUGCUAACCAAAGCCAUGCUAACCAAAGCCAUGCUAACCAAAGCCAUGCUAACCAAAGCCAUGCUAACCAAAGCCAUGCUAACCAAAGCCAUGCUAACCAAAGCCAUGCUAACCAAAGCCAUGCUAACCAAAGCCAUGCUAACCAAAGCCAUGCUAACCAAAGCCAUGCUAACCAAAGCCAUGCUAACCAAAGCCAUGCUAACCAAAGCCAUGCUAACCAAAGCCAUGCUAACCAAAGCCAUGCUAACCAAAGCCAUGCUAACCAAAGCCAUGCUAACCAAAGCCAUGCUAACCUAA